AUGGCACCAAAACUUUGGCGCUUUUUACCCGUUGGUGAUCUACUUGUUGACAUUGUCCUCAGUAGAGAUUUGGAUUCUCCAUUAUUACAACGAGAAUUAGAUGCUGUUAAUCAAUGGUUACAAAGUAACAAAUUAGUUCAUAUUAUGAGGGAUCAUCCUCAUCAUACUAUGCCUAUGUUAGCUGGCCUGUGGGGUAUUCAUACAAGAUUAAAUCGUACAUUUUCACAAGAAUUUUUCGGCAUGAUAUUAGAUAAAAACCUACAACAAAAAUAUU